AUGGCUUCCACAUUUCUCACCUUACCAACUCCUUUCCUUCACAAAUCAACCGCCGCUUCUUUCUCCUACCCGAAACUCCCACUUUUCAAGAGGGACUCUUUCAAGAUUAACGCAAUUUCCAAGCAAUGGGAACCAACUAAGGUCGUGCCUCAGGCUGAUAGGGUUCUUAUUCGUCUCCAGGAGCCAUCACGAACAACCACUGGUGGAAUUUUGUUGCCUGGGUCAGCUGUUAAAUUUGAACAAUAUCUUACUGGGGAAGUCCUAAGUGUUGGUGCUGAGGCUGAAAAUGUAAAGGCUGGAGCAAAGGUACUAUUCACUGAUAUGAGUGCUUAUGAGGUGGAUUUGGGGACUGAAGCGAAGCACUGCUUUUGUAAAUCAAGUGACUUGCUGGCCGUGGUUGAGUAG